AUUCAUCAGCUCAUAACGAAAACUCCGCAUAAUACUCGCCGGAAAAAAAAAUUCAACCUUGUUCUGCUCAUUUCAUUUCGCUUAAUCUGUUCAUCGUUUGAUUGAAUUUUACCUUUUUUUUUUAUUAUUAAUUCAGUCGUUGUUUUUCUGGCCACCGCACUCAGGAUGUCUGAAACUCCGUUUAGGGCAAGAGAGAUUCUUGUCGAGAAGCAAAGGCUUUUUCAGAGCAUACACAAACACAUACAUCUGAAAGGACCAAUGGAUAAGAUCACCUCUGUGGCCAUUCCUUUGGCUUUGGCAAGUUCUUCGUUGUUUCUUAUCGGAAGAGGGAUCUAUAACAUGUCUAAUGGGAUUGGAAAGAAGGAAUGAUGAUCGAUUCAUAGGGAAGCUGUAACUUUUCGAGCCUUUUGGAUCUCGAAACUCGUUUUUUAUUCUUUAUCUGCAUUGUUCAGUGCUAAUAAUUUCUAAAUGCAGACUAUUUGAUUAGUGGUUGUAUUUAGUCCACUGUCGGUAAAUUGGUUGUUUGUGAAAUAAACUACGAAAUUACGGCAUUGGUUUCGUUUCUUGAUGAUGCUUUUCUCGUAAA